CACAGGUCCAUUUAUGUUGUUCGGAGUACUUUCUCUGUUUCGGUCGACUGACCCAGCCCGUCGGUGCGUCUGGCCGCGUCCAUGGUAAUUCGCUUAUCGUUCACAUUAUGGAAGCCAUACUCCAUCCUAUGAAAGAGGUGUCUCCCCACCCCAGAGGUUGACUGAGCCUCUGGUCUAGAAAUGGCAAGCUUCCACCACGGUCAUGGCUCAACCUUUCUUCACACCUAUCAACCCUCAGCUAUUUCCACGGUAAACAGUCGAGAGUCAAGACACAGACGGGGCUUUAAACUUUGGUCCCAUCCCGUAGUCAGGGCGUACAGCAGUAGCCGCAGACUGUUGUCGCAUUACUUCUUCACGCCGAGUCGGGCUAGGUCUUGUGCCCCCUACACUCUCACCCGGCCAGGUUCCCAUGGUGUCCCAGCUACCUGCAUCCUUAGCUCUCUCCUCAUGCUCUUUCGUGCCUCUCCUGGUCUUUUUCGUCCUCUCGCGGGCCGCCCAGGGCUAAUGCAGCCCCUCUCUAGUGAGGUGCUGUUUGAUUCCUUCCAUUCCUGUUUCGUCGUCAGAGGUUGGACACCUGAGAUUACUUGAAACCAUCGGUUCUUCGAAACACUAUCCUAGUCUCGGUAGGGCCCGGUCUAAUCCC